CGCGCGCCAGGCCGAUCAGAAGCCGCUCGGACCGCGAGAGCCGAGCAUCGAGAGCAAAUCGUCUGGUGGUGUAUUUUUUCGGCGAUCCGAGUACACACCUACAGUCGCGGAAAGUGUCGCGCGGUAGAAGGAGCGCAAAAUGUAGUGUCACGCAUCAAAGCGAAGGAGCGCCGGAUGAUAAGAAGAAGAAGAAGAAGAAGAAGCGAGGAUGAGCAGCAGCAAGAAGGGCGGCGGGAAGGAGGAGGGCAAGAAACGCGGAGCUGGAGCGGCCGUUAGCGGCGAUGUCGGAGGCCCGUCCUCGAAGGAGGACAGUCCCGCUGGAGCCGGUGGACUGGCCGGCAAGGACGGAGAACCGGGUAGUGCCGGGGGCUCGGGCUCGGGUGCCGCCAGCAAUGGGGCGCCGAGCGCCGAGCCCUCGCAGCCCGGGAGCAAGCCCGGCUCCGCGGGUGCGACGGCGAGGGAAGCGGCCCAGAGACUCCUCGGCGUCGCCACCCGCGGCGAGUGGACGGCCGCGGAUCAGCUGCUCAAGACACUCGAGAAGGCCGUGCAGAGCGCCGGGGAUGAGGCCAAUCUCCAGCCUCUCGCCGGACUUGCCGAUCCGCAAACGGGCAUGACACCCCUGAUGUACGCAGUGAAAGACAACCGCACUGCCUUCCUCGAUCGGAUGAUCGAGCUCGGCGCCGACGUCGGAGCGCGCAACCUCGACAACUACAAUGCCCUGCACAUCUCGGCGAUGUUCUCUCGGGAGGACGUCGUCAAACUUCUGCUUUCAAAACGCGGCGUCGAUCCUUACGCACCAGGAGGACCCAGACAACAGACUGCAGUUCACCUCGUGGCAUCACGACAAACGGGAACUGCAACGUCUAUUCUUCGAGUUCUUCUGGCUGCGGCAGGACGAGACAUCCGUAUGAAAGUGGAUGGCAAAGGUAAGAUCCCGCUCCUGCUGGCCGUGGAGGCGGGCAACCAGUCGAUGUGCAGGGAACUGCUGUCCCAGCAGGCCCCGGACCAGUUGAAGGCCACGACACCCACGGGCGACACGGCGCUACACUUGGCGGCGCGUCGCCGGGACGUCGAUAUGGUCAGGAUUCUGGUCGACUAUGGCGCCUCGGUCGAUAUGCAAAAUGGCUCGGGACAAACGGCACUGCACAUCGCGAGCGCCGAGGGCGACGAGACCCUCGUGAAGUACUUCUACGGAGUGCGAGCCUCGGCCGCGAUAACGGACCAUCUGGACCGGACGCCCAUGCACUUGGCCGCGGAGAACGGACACGCAUCGAUAAUCGAAUUGUUAGCGGACAAAUUCAAGGCCAGCAUUUUCGAGCGGACGAAGGACGGCUCUACGCUGAUGCACAUAGCGUCGCUCAACGGACACUCGGAAUGCGCGACGAUGCUGUUCAAGAAGGGCGUCUAUCUGCACAUGCCGAACAAGAAGGGCGCCAGGUCGAUACACACGGCUGCCAAGUACGGCCACGUGGGCAUCAUCAGCACGCUGUUGCAACGAGGAGAAAAGGUCGACGCGACAACGAACGACAACUACACGGCCCUGCACAUAGCCGUGGAGAGCGCGAAGCCUGCCGUUGUCGAGACUCUCUUGGGUUACGGUGCGGAGGUGCACGUCCGAGGUGGAAAACUUCGCGAGACGCCGCUUCACAUAGCUGCCAGGGUCCCGGAUGGCGACAGGUGCGCUCUGAUGCUCCUCAAGUCUGGCGCCGGUCCGAACCUCGCGACCGACGACGGACAGACGCCCGUACACGUGGCCGCGAGCCAUGGUAACCUUGCCACUUUGAAACUCCUGCUGGAAGACGGCGGCGAUCCCAUGUUCAAGUCCAAGAGCACGACACAGAACGGCGAGACGCCCCUCCACCUGGCCUGUCGCGGCUGCCGCGCGGACGUCGUGCGCCACCUGAUCGAGUUUGUCAAGGAGAAGAAGGGCGUCGACGUGGCGACGAACUACGUCAACAGCCUGACCUUCGAGGGCGCGAGCGCCUUACACUAUGCGGCGCAGAUCGAACCUACAGAGGUCGUCGUAGAAGGGGACGACCGAGCUGUCGUACGUGCCCUCCUCGAGGGCGGCGCCGACGUCUCAUUGCAGACCAAGCAGGCCCAGGAGUCUGCCUUCCACUACUGCGCUCUGGCCGGCAACAACGAGGUAUUGUCGGAGAUGAUCGGCCACAUGUCGGCGACGGAAGUGCAGAAGGCGCUAAACAGGCAGAGCGCCGUGGGAUGGACACCCCUGCUUAUAGCUGCGCACAGGGGACACAUGGAUAUCGUGAAAAAUCUCCUGGAGAACCAUGCCAGGGUCGACGUUUUCGAUCUCGAGGGAAGGUCAGCCCUGCAUCUCGCCGCGGAACAUGGGUACUUAGAGGUAUGCGACGCUCUCCUGGCGAACAAGGCCUUCAUCAAUUCCAAGUCGAGAGUCGGUCGAACGGCGCUACAUUUGGCCGCGAUGAACGGAAACACGCAUCUGGUGAGGUUCCUGGUACAGGAUCACCAGGCCGCCAUAGACGUUCUCACGCUGAGGAAACAGACGCCGUUGCACUUGGCCGCUGGUGCCGGACAGCUGCAAGUUUGCAAAUUGCUGCUAGAUCUGGGGGCGAGCAUAGAUGCCACGGACGAUCAGGGACAGAAGCCUAUUCAUGCCGCUGCGAUGAACAACUAUGCGGAGGUGGCACAACUGUUUCUGCAGAAGCAUCCAAGUCUCGUGAUGGCCUGUACGAAGGACGGGAACACCUGCGCUCACAUAGCUGCCAUGCAGGGAUCCGUCCGGGUGAUCGAGGAACUGAUGAAGUUCGACCGCAACGGAGUAAUCACCGCGCGCAACAAGCUCACCGAAGCCACCCCCUUACAGCUCGCCGCCGAAGGCGGUCACGCGGAGGUCGUGAGAGCCUUGGUCAGAGCCGGUGCUUCCUGCGCCGAGGAAAACCGAGCCGGUUUCACGGCGGUGCAUCUGGCCGCGCAACACGGACACGGACAGGUUCUCGACGUGAUGAUGCGAUCCAGCCAGAGUCUCAGGAUAUCCAGCAAGAAACUCGGUGUCACGGCUCUACACGUCGCCGCCUACUUCGGUCAAGCCGACACGGUACGAGAACUGCUGACCCACGUGCCGGGCACCGUCAAGUCCGAACCUCCAACCGGCGGUUCUCUCGUCGGGGAACUCGGCAACGAGUCCGGCAUGACACCCCUUCACCUCGCCGCUUAUUCAGGCAACGAGAACGUCGUCAGGCUGCUCUUGAACUCUGCCGGCGUGCAGGUCGAAGCCGCGACGACUGAAAACGGCUUCAACCCCUUGCACUUGGCCUGUUUCGGUGGUCACAUAACGGUGGUCGGCCUGCUGCUGAGCAGAUCAGCCGAGCUCCUCCACAGCUCGGAUCGUUACGGGAAAACGGGCCUCCACAUCGCCGCGACUCACGGCCACUAUCAGAUGGUCGAGGUUCUGCUUGGCCAAGGCGCCGAGAUCAACGCUACCGACAAGAACGGCUGGACGCCACUGCACUGCGCGGCUCGUGCUGGACACCUCGACGUCGUCCAGCUGCUGGUGCAAAGCGGUGCCUCGCCCAAGAGCGAGACGAAUCUCGGAAGCGCUCCGAUCUGGUUCGCCGCUUCCGAGGGACACAACGACGUGCUCAAGUAUCUCAUGGAGAAGGAACACGACACUUACGCGCUCAUGGAGGACAGGAGGUUCGUCUACAACAUGAUGGUGUGCAGCAAGAGCCACAACAACAAGCCGAUCGAGGAGUUUGUCCUGGUUUCGCCGGCGCCCGUCGAUACCGCCGCGAAGCUCUCCAACAUAUACAUGAAGCUCUCGGAGAAGGAGAAGGAACGAGCGAAAGACUUGAUCGCCGCUGGCAAGCAGUGCGAAGCGAUGGCGACGGAGCUGCUGGCACUGGCCGCGGGAGCGGAUUCAGCCGGUCGGAUCCUCACCUCGAUGGACCGGCGCAACGUCGAGUUUCUCGACGUCCUCAUCGAGAACGAGCAGAAGGAAGUCAUAGCCCACACGGUGGUCCAGAGGUACCUCCAGGAACUCUGGCGGGGCAGCCUGAAUUGGAACGGGUUUCGCACGAUCCUCCUGUUCAUCGUCUUCGUCAUCUGUCCGCCGGUCUGGAUGGUCUUCGCCCUGCCGCUUGGCCACAAGUACAACAACGUCCCCAUCAUCAAGUUCAUGGCCUACCUCACGUCCCACAUCUACCUCAUGGUGUUCCUCGCGCUCGUCGGCAUCCUGCCCAUCUACCCGGUGAACCGCGAACCCCUGACCCCGUACUGGUACGAGUGGUGUCUCCUGGUGAUGCUCUCCGGUCUGCUGCUCUUCGAGCUGACGAACCCGAGCGACAAGAGCGGACUGGGUUGGAUCAAACUGGCGGUUCUGCUCUUCGGAAUCUGCGGUGUCUUCGUUCAUCUGCUGGGCCAGAGUGGACUCGUCAAGAAGAACGACUGGGGCACUCUGCUCUACAUCAGGAAUCAGUUCUUCGCCCUCAGCUUCCUACUGGCUUGCGUUCAGAUUCUGGACUUCCUGUCGUUUCAUCAUCUCUUCGGCCCCUGGGCCAUCAUCAUCGGUAAUCUCAUGAAGGAUCUGGCCAGGUUCUUGGCCGUCUUGGCGAUAUUCGUCUUUGGAUUCUCCAUGCACUUCGUCGCGCUGAAUCAGGCCUUCAAGGAGGGCAAGCAGAAGGACACGAACAAGAGGCCUGCCUUCUCCGAUGAAAUGGUGGCGCAAAAUUUAACCGAGUGGGAAAUGAUUGACAUUCCGCCACCGCAGCCGGUCGUGCCGCACCGCCGCUUCGGACGCUACAAGAAAAAGAACGAAUGUUGCGACGAAAGCUCCCGAGAUUUGAAAAUGAAUCCGGUGCUCGCGUUCGAGUACCUCUUCUUCGCGGUCUUCGGUCAGACGACUCACAGCGAGCUCAAAGUCGAGCAGAACCAGCCCGAGUGGACCUCGAGCCUCUUUAAGCUCGCUUUUGGCGUCUACAUGCUCGUCUCGGUUGUCGUGCUCAUCAAUCUGCUCAUUGCCAUGAUGAGCGACACCUACCAGAGGAUCCAGGCCCAGUCCGAUAUCGAGUGGAAGUACGGCUUGAGUAAGCUUAUUAGGAAUAUGCACAGAACGACGACAGCCCCGUCCCCGCUGAACCUCUUCACCACCUGGAUCGUCUACUUCAUCAAGCAGUGCAAGCAGCGCACGGCCAGUAAAAAGCGGCCCUCGCUCGUCCACAUGAUGGGCCUGCAGCGAGCGGGUCGCAUGUCGCCUCGCUCGAAAAUGGGCGCCAAAUGGCUGUCCAAAGUGAAAAAGGGCGGGGGCCAAGUUCGGCCGAACAAGGACAGCGUGACCCUCUCGGUGAUGCACCUGAGUCCGCUGGGUAGUCAGCUGUCGUUCAACAGCGCCACGAGGAUCGAGAACGUGGUCGACUGGGACGCCAUCAGGAAGAAGUAUCUGGCGUUGACGGGCAACGAGCCGGAGAAGGAGCCCGAGAAGGAGGAGAAGGACAGCGAGGAGGACAAGGAGGAGGACCAUCAGCAGGCCAACAACAACAGCGCGUUUGGAACGCCAUCUGGACAGUCGUCCAAUCCGCCGAUCUAGGAGAUCCGAUGAUCGAGAGGCACCUAUAUCUUUGUUACACAUACCUUACGUAUAGUUCCGCGCGCGUAGUGUCAAUUAGGUGUUUGUCGAAUGGCUGAUUUGUAGUUCAGAGACACGAGAAUCGAUGACAAAAGUAGUAGGAUAUAGUGCGCGUCUCGAGAGCUUGACGAGCGAAUAUGCGAGAUGUUUGUAGGAGGAUGAGGCGCAGGACGAUGACACACGACUCGACGAGAUACUCCCCCUCACUUCCCUGAGCGUAAUUUAAGAUUAGAGUAAGUACGUUCUGGGUAUGAAGGAACGAUUAUUAUACUUUUCACUUUUCAUACAUAGAUACGUAGGAAUGAGAAGACUGUGUGUGCCUGAUGUUUAGAGAAGGAUCAUGUCGUGUGACUUGUUGCACCCGGAUGACGUUUUAUGUCUUGUGAAUUCAUCAUCAGCGAUUUUAAUCUGGCAUGUGCGAGCAACGAUUUUUCGUGCCUCACCUCUCGCUCGUUCACAAAACUCACCCGAUAUCACACGACGAUUAUGCUUUUUGCCCAUUUAUAGUGAGAGCUGCAUUUUAGUCCGUUAACGAUGAAAACAAAUUACCUGUAUAACAAUCAUAUGCGAAAAUUAAAAAAAAAACAUAUUUACGAUCACCGACUAGACUAUACUUUUAUCCUGAAACAAUCCUAUGUAAUAGAUCACGUGCAAACGUACUUUUGAGCAAUUUACUUAUGCAAGACGUCUCGAGAUGAUCCCGUCGUGUCGCGUACGACGUUGCGCAAUAAGCAUACAAUCACGCACUUGCACGAGUCGCGCGAGUUAUUCUCGUCCACGAAAAGAGCGAAACACAUGUCAUCAUCCAUCAUCUCUCUGCGUCGAUAGAUCGUGCGUUGGCCUGACAAAUAGAUGAAUAGAACGAACGUGAAUUUUUUUCAGAUAAUAUCCAUAGGAUAUGUCUUAGAGCUGGCCGUCACUUCUUCCAUCAUACCCUAAGCAUGAACAAUUUUUCUGCGAUUUUUGCAACCACGAAACUUUUGACACGAUUGAUACAGGCCAAAGUUUUUGCGGUCCCGAGAGCGUUUUGAUUUUCUUUUUCCUUAGUGACCCACAUCACGAAUCGAUAGUGCCAAGGCAUGAGAUGAAAAAAAAAAUGAAUUCCGUGACAGAGCCUGAACUAGUCGGUAGCUUAAAAUCUAGAGACAAAGGUAGACCCACACGUCCGAUUGAAA